AUGGCCACCCACGAACGCCCGCCACACUUCGAGAGGCUUCACGGUUGUCCGACUCCGCCGCCUACUGCCUCGAGCAUCCACGCCCCUCCCCGCUUCCUGUCUCAAGCAAACCACACGCCACCACCAUAUAAGCGCAUGGAAGCUCCCAAGCCGCUACACACUCCACCGCUCGAGUUCACGCCCAUUGGCCACAACCAGUUCCGCUUUACUCGAGCGCAGUCCAUCGAGCAAUCCUCGCGACCCUCUAGCAUCUCCGGACAUGCCUAUGCCGGCACAACCCCCCAGGAAACCGAAUAUGAAGACAGCUCGGAAGAGGAAAGCGAGGACGAGGACGAGGACGAAAGACCCGUGCGACGGGUAGAGAAGCCCGAUUUUGAACUCGAGGAGGUGGACAGCAACGACAGCGAGGACGAAAACAUAGAAGUCGUGCAGCCAGAUCAUUGCGAAGACGCCAAGAGCGACAGGAGCGGCGCUGCGUUGGAGGACACCGGCGUCAUGGACCGCCUGCGAGAGCUGCACGUCGAAGAGGGCUCCACGGACGAGGAGGCCAAAGAGCGCAUCUACCUGCGCAAGAAGAAGAGGUGGAGCGCAGGAGUCUUCAAGCGCACACACAGCCAGAGCGUUGAAGGCGACAGCAGCUACUCUGACGAUGAUCCUCAAGAUGACAACAACCUUGAGGCCCGCCGUCUACGCCGCAAGCUGCGCGGGCCUGGGCCAUGGAAUAGGCGAGCCUCCCUCAUCUUCGAAGACAAGGGAUUUCCCAACACCAAUAAUAUCGAAGAGGUAGAAGAGCCUGAGGAGGGCAUGGUGAAGCACACGAAAGGCCCGCCGUCGAUCCCUAGCGAUGAUGCUUUCACACUGGAUGAGCUUCCUUUCUGGCGGGGUGCAUACGACUCCAUGGACGUGGAGAACGAAUCUGAGUAG